GUUCCUUUCGAGGACAAUUUAUCGGAUCAUUCCAGUUAUCUUCUCACAUUUAGUGAUAGUGCAUUUAUGCCGUUGGUUCCGUUCAAUCCCGCUAGUCCGGGUCUAUCCGCGUGACCUCAGAAUACUACUUAGUAUAUUUGCCAGUGAGAGUCGUGUGAGCACUUGUUCCUCAUCUUCCUUUCAACACCCAACCCUCUCUGCAAGCAUAUAAAGAGUAUCAUGGUGUCUGUGGCUCCCAGAUCCUUCUCUAUGCCUUCUCCGACUGCCAAGCAGGAGCUGCAGCUGAAUGAGUUGGGGAGCCUUGCCGAUGCCGUGGAGCCAUUCGCAAGGCUCCUGAGCCAAACUGGUCGUUCCGUAAGGUUGCAUUGCUCUGUGCCCAUGUGGUCAUCUCUUUCUGAUACAUGCCUUGAUUUACACGACCUUCACGACUUACGCUCACGAAUUCUUCUCUUCGUUCAUGAUCUCUUGGAGUCUUUGCAUUCAGCGGGGAUUUCCGCAUCUUAUCGACUUGCUCCCUCAAACUCUUCGCUCUGUUUCAUCUGUGCAUUGCCGACUGAGCUCAGUGCACCGAAGGUGAGGUCAGCUGCAGUCGAAAUUCUGCAGAAUGCGAACAUACAUGCAAGGGAGAAGGUUUUAUUGGCUGACCUGGAGUGCGGCCCCGCGUUAAUCAUUUCCUAAUUUCUUUGUAACUUCUGAGACAUCGAAGCAUCGUAUAAUAUACAUCUACACACCUUUUGCAUUGCUAUCUGUACCAAUAGAUAAGUAAAACAAUCCACUGUAUAAAUCUUGAAUGUUGGGCUCUACCUACCCUCCAAGGAUGGAACGUUCUAGGUUUGUUCUAGGUGUGUAAACGUGUCCACCUACUACCAGGUUUGUCUCCCAUGAUGAAGUUCGCUCUGCC